GCGGUGGGGGGGGGGUGUCAGGCGGCGCUCCAGGUCUUCGGCAACACUUUGGCGGCAGGUCCUUCACUAGCUCUGGUCUUCGGCAGCCCUGAAGGACCCUCCGCCCGCCCAAUGCCGCCGAAGACCAGAGCGAGUGAAGGACCCGCCGCCAAAGACCCGGAGCUCUGCCUGACCCGACGGUCACUUCUGCUCGGUGGGAGAGCGGCCGCUGCCCCGCUCCCCGCCAGCCACGCUACUGAUCUGAUCCCCCUUUAAAUUUCACAGUUGCGGGAAAGUAUGAAUAGAUACAAAUGGAACAAAAGGCUUAAAAACAAACCACUAUUAUUAGUUGAAUUCUGCCAAGCCCAAGUAUAUACUAUUGUAAUGAGCAAUGCAUAUAACGGACAUUACUCUUUGGAGUGAGUAUUUACAAAAUCAAAGUCCAAUUUUUGGACCUCUGCAGAGAACUGCAAAAUUGCUAAAAAUAAACCCUGAGAAAUGAAAUUAACCCCCCGCCAAAAUAGAGGUCCUAGAAAUAGCCUUUCCCAUCCAUCCACAGAGCUAAAACUCCUCCUGGCUCACAUCUCGAUUGCUGUGACAUCCCCUUCUCCAGCCUUGAUAAAUGCAAUCCUGCCCUGCUCAGAUGCAUAAGAACAUAAGAACAGCCCUAUUGGGUCAGAGCAAAGGUCCAUCUAGCCCAGGAUCCUGUCAGUGGCCAGUGCCAGGUGGCCCAGAGAGAAUGAACAGAACAGGGAAUCAUCAAAAGAUCCUGUCACCCAUUCCCAGCUUCUGGCAAAGAGAGGCUAGGGACACCAUCCCUGCCCAUCCUGGUAUUCAUAAAGCUGCUGCCGAGAUCGCUCCCUGAGCCCACUGCUUUGUCUGUGCCACCCCUCUCUUUGCUUUGCAGCCCUGCACUGGCUUCCCCUUCUCCAGCUCCUCAAAUGUCAGCUGCUUCUCUUCACUCAGACAGGCCUUCAGGGCCAAUCCCCACCCGACCUUUCCUUUCUCGUUCGCACUCCCACCGUGGGUCAGCCCUUGCUGCCAGCCUCGAUCUCCCGCUUGGUACAUUUCCAGACAAGCCCCUCGGUGACACGACACCCCCGCGCUCUCCUUCAUGCUUGGGGGGAUCUCCCUGUAAACAUCCUUCUGGGCUACACUGCCUUGUGAUUUCCUUGCCCUCCCCUUUCCGUUUGUCUGGCUCCAGGUGGCGUCUCUUCUCUUAGACUGGAAGGUCUUUGGGGCAAGGACUGACUUUAUUCUGUGUCCGUGCAGCGCCUGGCGAAAUGGGGAUCCUGGCCCAUGAUUAGAGUGCCCUGGAGCUACCGUAAUGCACCUAAUAAAUAAAUGAAGUGAGACCCAUACAGACCCCUCCAGGUUUAGCCCAAGAUGCACCAUUUCCUUCUGCCUUUGAGAGAGGCAGCAGUGUGCCCAGGAUCAGCUCACUAAACAUGGCCAGACACCUGUAACCAGCAGCUAACAGGCAAAGGUGAAAUCGCACAUGUCUUGGGGUUAUGAAACCAUGACUCCUUGGGAGGAAGUUCAUGAGCGUCUCCCCAUCAGCCCCCCAGGACUAGGGGACUGCCCCUAUCCAGCCUUACUCCAGAGAGAGCUAAAGCCAUGGCAAGAAGAUGGAGGGCACACAAGUGUCCACCUGGUCUGCUAAGAGUGACAGUUCCCUGCCACCUCUCCUGGCCACCCAAAAAUGACACAUCUAGCAAGGCCAUCUAGCCCCAGUGGGGCUGGACGAACCCCAAUCAGGGCAGGUCUGGGUUUACUUGGUCCUGCCUCGAUGCAGGGGGCUGGACGGCAUGAUCCCAUCCAGCCCGACAUGGCCAUGAUUCUCUGGAAACACCACAGAAAGGAGAUCGGUGACCCCUAGCGCCCCGCUGGGGCAUCGGGGCCAGCCCUGAGUGCCAGGGGAGAGCCCCCUGACCCCACUCCCUGCAGCACAGCGCCCCCUAGCACUGGCCUGGGGCAUUGGGGCCAGCCCUGACUGUCUGGGGAGAGUGCCCCUGAGCACUGGAUCACUAACUCUGCUCCCUGCAGCGCUCUCUGGAUUUUGGGAGCUUUCCUAGCCAAGCACUGAGUACGUGCAAGCCCUCUUAGCUUGAGACUGACCAGUUCCUGCCAGGCUAACCCAGCUCUCUGCCAGGGGACCCCAUCAGGGCACGCGUCAACCCACUGGCAAGAGUCAAAGAGCGUCCUCCCAGGAAAUUUGGCAGCGUCACCUUCAGCUCUUUGGCCAGGGCUGCACUACACACUUACACUCAGGGGGGUUGGGAGGUGUGACAAAUCCCCACACCCGCAGUGUAGACAGCUGUAUGUGGAUGGGAGAGUGUCUCUUACGGAGGUGGAGUUACGAAGCAGACGGGGAGAGCUCUCUCCCAUUGGCUUAGAGCAUCUCCCCAGAUACUCUAGGGGGUACAGCCAUGCCGAUGUCCAUUUCUAGUGCAGACCUGCCCCAAUCUCCCACCGUCUGUGACAUUCAGGAUUCUUGGUGCGGGUCAGCUUCCCGGCUCGUUUGCUCACUGCUUUCAAAGACAAACAGGAAAAAAAAAACCCCUGCCGGUUGCUUUCACUUUCCAGAUCAUUCACCCUGCUCGGCGUCGGUGGCAGAGAGGCCAUGAGAGCGAUAGGAAACCGAACACAAAUCACUCUGUAAGCUCUUUGCAGAGUCGGGGCACCUGGGGCUCCCGGGAGGGAAGCUGGCUACAUAAAAAAUCCUGGCGAAGUCAGUGCAAACUAAAAUUUCAUACAGACCAUGACUUGUUUACACUGCUCUAUACACUGUCCACUGAAAAUGAUAUGAGAGAUUGGAACCAGCCGGGAGUUACGCCUGAGCGCUACCGGGGUGAGCAAGAGGGGAAUCGCACCCUGUGCCUUCGUUCCUGAUGUUCAGCGGAUCGCCUGGGGCGGGAGCCAGCCCUUCACAGACUGUCCUGCCUUUGCUGGUAGACGUCGGCUGCUCCACGCCAUGGCGCGAGUCAGUCUUGUUUGCUCACUUCACGCGAUUGUGCUGUGGACUCUCUGCGGGGUUGCUGGAGAGGAGACAGCCAUCACAGCUCAGUACGGGAAAGACGUCACCCUGACCUGCAUCUUCCCUUCCAAAUUUAAGAUAAGCUUCCAUCGAUUGAGCAUCACCUGGACAAAGGAAGGUGCCCAGGGCCAGGAUUUCCUGGUUCACAGAUUCCAUCUGAAGAUGAACUGGCUGGAGGGACAGGAAGAGGCUUACAGGGGCCGAACGCAGCUAUAUCCACAGGAAUUCCCCCAGGGAAACGCAUCCCUGAGACUCAGCGAUGUUCGCCUCCACGAUGAGGGAUCCUACCUCUGCAGCGUCACCUGUGAGCUGGGAAACUGGUCCCAGAAGAUUUCACUUACAGUGCUAAGUGACAGUGAAACAGAAAGGCCCAUCAUAGUUCAGACAGGGGAGGACGUCAUCCUGAAUUGCUCCUUCCAAUCUGAGUUAAACCACCAGCCACUGAACAUCACCUGGAAGAGGGAAGAAGAGGAGGGACCGGAUCUCCUGGUUCACAGCUACUGCUCUCAGCUGGACCCAUUGGAAACACAGGAUGAGGCUUACCGGGGCCGGACCCAGCUGUAUCCAGAGAGAUUCCAUGAGGGAAACGCGUCCCUGAGACUCAAGAACGUCCAGCUGGAGGAUGACGGGGUCUACACCUGCCACGUCAAGCCCGAACUGGGCAGGUUUUCCGUGCGGAUGAGAGUGGCUGUGGAGAAGGCUGCUGAGCUUGUCCAGAGCCCACCAACACUGUAUGGUCUGUGGUUGAUUGAUCUGGGAGUAUUACUGGUGAUAUUAGCAUUUGCUCUCCUUCGAAUGUAUUAUCCUUCCUUGCGGAAACUGUUGCUGAACAAAAAGUCGCUUCGCAGUGAGUCCCAACAGACUGCGUCUGACCAUAAAAAAGACAAAGAGGAGAGAAGUCAUCUACUCCGGGCAUCUCCGUUGACCUCUGUGGAGCCAGGAGUGGCCAAUCCCACGCACAGUCCACCUGCACAUUCCUCCCCGGGACAGACUGCCAAAGACAGGGGAGAACCAAGGGCUGCUCCUGGAGUUCAAAUAGUACCUACAUUGAUUUCUAUAAUGCAGCAGAAGGCUUUGGAGUACACCAAGUUAAACAUCGCCAUCAUGGGAGAGCUAGGCUGUGGGAAACUGUCCUUCAUUAACGCCAUGCGGGGGCUAUGUGAUGAAGACGAAGGUGCUGCCCCACUCGGGGAGGAAGAAAUGAUGAUGGAGCCAAAAGCUUAUCAGCAUCCCAAACACCCAAGUGUGACUUUCUGGAGACUGCCAAUAGAUUUUCAGCCAUGUCUCCAGCCGGUGAAAUUUGUCCACUACGACUUCUUUGUCAUCAUGGGUUUAGAGGGAUUCACACGUAAGCAUGCUGAGCUGGCCCGGGAGAUCCAGAAGGCAGGGAAGAUGUGUUACUUUGUGCGCUCCAAGGUGGAUGCAGAUUUGGAUUCUGCCAAACGUAGCCGGCCCUCCACCUAUGAUGAGGAAAAUAUACUGCAUGACAUCCAUAACCACUGCAUCAGGUGCCUGGGAGAGGGAGAGAUGAUCAAUCCUGAGGUUUUCCUCCUUUCCGCAUUUGAAUUAGACAAGUACGAUUUUCCCCGCUUGCGAGACAGCAUGGAGAAAGCACUCCCAGGUGCCAAGAAAAGGGCUUUGACACUAGCCCUGCCCAACACCUCUCCGCAAAUCUUGCAAAAGAAAAAGGAAGCCCUGCAGAAGCAGAUCUGGAAAAUAGCCCUUGUGUCCUCUCUUAUCACGGUUAUUCACAUACCCGGUAUCUCCACCAUUCUUGGCAUAACCAUCCUGCUGAUACUCAUGAGAUACCACUGCCUGGUCUUUGGCCUGGAUGAUGACUCCUUCACGGCUCUCACAAGGCAAUUUGGCAAACCAGCGGAAGAGCUGAAGGCCAUUAUGAAGCCCCCGCUGGCCAAGGAAAUUAGAAUUUAUGUGGUCUUGCAGCUCCUGUCCUCGGUUGGGUGCGGCAUAUUCACAGGAGCUGGUUUGUCUCUGUGUCCUUUACAGGUGCUAGGAUUCAAGCUGCCUGGAGGAGUUGCAGCAGUAGGAUUCCUGGGGGCUGGUGGAAUUUCAUUGGCUACCACGUAUAUCCUGCUGAAAACCUUUCUCAACAGUGCUGCUGAAGAUGCCCAAAGAAUCCUACAGAAGCUCAGUCCAUAUGACAACAGGGAAAGCUAACGAAGCUAACGAGAACAACUCAAAUGAGGAAGGAUUUCCAGGACCAUAAUUUUCAGGGCACACACUUCACGAGCACUAUGUGCUUAUUCUGCUGUUCUUGUCCCUGUUCUGGUCCUUCCUUUUGGAGCUCCCCUGGUGUAAUCCUCCAGCACAUAACUCCACCAGCUUCCACUUGACACUGGAACUGGGCUAAGAUUGUCACACAAGACGGGCUUAGAUUGGAAGAACCAGCAUCAUAAACCCGGGUCAACGGAUGAAUAGUGAAAUGAUUGAAUUUAGGUGUGUGGGAAAGAUGCUGGCAGAGAGCCUGAGUCCUUCGUGUAUUCCCAGCCCAGGCAGCUGGCCCUGUUCUACUUUCCUGCUCACAGUUCUUUCGUUCUUGUAUUGUUUCUUUUCCUAUCUAUUUAUAUUACAGCAACACUUACUGGAGACCCCAGCUGGGAUCAGGGUCCCGUCGGGCCGGGGGCUGCCCAGACACACAGCCAGAGACAGUCCCUGCCCCUAAGAGUUUACAAAGAGACACAAGUUGGGAGGGGAAAUGGAGGCACAGAGAAAGACCCUAAGCAGGCCAGAAACACACCCUGUGUCUCCUCACUCCAAGGCUAGUGGGCUAACAAACCUCAUGCCUCACUUCCUCUCUCAGUCUUUUAGCUCCGCUUCCUUGUUCGCCACUCAGCAGCAGGCUCCGUGCCGCCUGGGACGGGGCGUUCCCGGGGGGCUGCCCAGGUCCUGGCAUCUCAGCUCAGCAGCAGCAUUACAGGACGAGAAAUCUGGGCCUGGCAGCUGAGCCAUCUGUCUGGUCGCUGCAGGAGCUGCUGCUGCUUUCCCCGCAGCCUUAGGGACGCCUUUGCACAGUGGGGGCAGAGCCAGGGGCGUGCAAAUUUCUGCACCCUCGUGCUGUUCUCCUCUGUCCCAAGCCUCCUGCCAGACUAGCCUGGGGACCUCGAGAAGACGGUUGCUGAUAGAAACACCAUGUGUAUCGUUAUUAAUGCUGUAGGUCUCCCGGCUAGGAAAUGGGACUGAGUCCCUCACUCGCUGUUCGGUCUGUGUUACACCUCCCUCUGCACCCUGAGCCAGCCAGUCCCCACCUGGGGCCAGAUUGGGGCUGGCGCCUCGUAGAGGGAAAAGGCCUCAUUUCCCAUUCCCCACUUCCCGAGCCAGUCAUUUCAAGCAAUAGCAUUACAAACCGGGCGAGAGCUGAUGGUUUAUACCUUUAAAAGGUAAUUGCAUAGCCUGCUCACCGUAGGUUAGCAAGACGCGAAUACAGUGUGUCUGUUCACUAGCCUGUGUAAUCCCCUCGUCAGACUUGCUUUAUACUCCACUAAACAGGCAUCUUUUGGGACUGAGCGUUUGUGUUUCCGGACCUCGUCACUCACAGAAGACUGCAUUAAUUCAGGGCUGGUGGACGGGUCAGUGCUGGAUCGCAUGCACGGAAGUAAGUGUGUGGUGAGCAGAAAAUCUUAGGCCUUGUCUACACUACAGAUGUUUGCCAUGCGCCGUACUGUCUGGUACCUCUCAAAGGCUUGAGAUGCAGGUCUAGUCCACCUACAGCAUUGUUUGCUAACCAUGCUGACUGCUGCCCAGCAUCCUCUGUGCUUCAUCAGGUGUAACUUAGCCCCCAGCUGUUUCUAAGUCAGCACAUUUAUCCUUAAGGUGAAAGCAUGGCAGAGAAAACACAUUCAACACAAUAAAAGUGCCCGCGCUAAUAAUCUUCCCAGAGCUCACCCACAAUCCCAGCAGGGCCCUGGUAGCUGAUCAGUCCUGCAACCCCCCAUCGGGGGUUUUCUGUGGUUACAAGUUCAUCACAGCUGUUAGCGCAGAACAGGAACCCCCAGGAAUAGGCCAAGUCCUCCCAACCCUUCCCAGGAAGCACUGGGGCUCUCGGGAGAUUGUGCAACCAGAGCGAAUUCACCUAAUAAUCCUCCACCCCAAUGUUCUUAGAUCCCAAAGGCACUGUGGUUCCCCUCUUCCAUGGAAUUACAUACAAUCCCUGCAUGGGCCGGGGGUGGAGCCCCCAUUUCAGGGAGACUAGCCCCAGCUCCGCCCCUUCUACCUGCCCCCCCCACCCCUCCCACAGCUGGAGACCCGAGACCCCCGUCCCCUCGGAUGGAGGAGCCCUGAUCCAUCUGGGACCCCCUCCCGCCUCCCCACAGCCAGUGUAGUGCGAGAAAUUGCUAUCUCCAAUACAAUACACCCACACAGCGUAUACAGCCUUUGAUUCCCCCCAUCCUGGAGUUGGUGUGAAUUGGCCAGUUGCCAAGGGCAAGUGAGAAUGUCUCAUUACAGGGGGAGAUUCCCAGCAAGACUUACAAGAACUUUGCUGUGCACAGUCUGGCAAAAUACCUUGCUCGCCUCAGCAGGCUCCGUCCUUUUUAGCCUUGGAGGCUCAGGUUUGGGGCAAGGCAAAUCCUUAUAGGUGGCACAGGGUCCUGCUACUCCUCUCCUCAGUCAGUCCCUUGGGCCUGUUUUCCUUCCCUCCUGGGGAGUGAGUGCAGCCUCCCUACUGGGAAGGUCUGGUGUCUUGCUGCAAACAGCCUACUAGCCCCUUCCGUGCUCCCCUCACUUUCCCCCUCCUUCCAGCCAGGGGAGGGUUUUAAAAGGUCCCAAGCAGUUGGAGUCAGCCGAACCGAAUCGCUUCCCUAGCAACCCCUUUCCCAGCUGAACCUUAUUGCCCCCUGGUUCUCUCUCCUCAGUGGAUAGGGAGGGGCCUUUUAAUCCCCUGGGACUAAUUAUUACCCCCCUUUUGUAGCUGUUUGUCCUGGGUUUACCCCGAUAGCAACAUUACAGCUUUCAGGUUAGCUUUGAGAGCAUCAGGGUAAUUCAGGCACCUGGCUUGGCAAGGAUGUAAACAAUAUGGUCCCAAUAAGGCAAUAAAAUCAACAAACUUAAACAGCUUAAUGUAUACAUCUUACACACACCAGCCGAGUCUCUCUCUCUCACUCACACACACACACACUAGUUCUAUCCAUCGUGCGCUUGGCUGGUGUCGAUCUUCAGAAUGCGUUCCCUUUUCUCCUUUCUUUCAUGGGUUGAGCAGUGAAAUAGUUCACAGUGUGGCCAUUAAAAGCUUUAUUUGCAGUUACACUAAAGCCUCUUGAAAGCCCCUUGACACUGGCAGAGCAACCGAAAGUGGGUGUAUAUUAUAGACACCCCCUCUGAGGCCCUUCAGGAUCAUCCCAAGUGUUUGAGUUCGCGCCCACGGGAAUGAACGGGGCAAUUCACACCUCACAGCAAGCGUUUCAGGCUCUCUGCAACCUUAGGCUUGGUCUACACUUACAACUUAGCUAUGUACAGCCGCGUCUGCACUACAAAAUAAACUCAACCUCGCUUCGGUCGGCAAACAGCCGCUGCAGUAAGUA